AUGUUUUUCGUCUUGUCACGAACGUGGGACAAGGAAACGAUUCAGAGUCCCGAUGAGGAAUCGAACACGCGUUCCUCAUUCAAAAGCGCAGUUAUCAGGUUUCGUGGUCUCGAAAGAGAGAUUCAAGACAACAUCGGAGAAAGGGGCAUCGCUAAACUUCACAAUGCUGACGAGCUUCUGCGGGCUGCACUCGUUUUGUCACGUUCGUCAUCUGUAGGAAUACAUUUCGGUUUUCCUUGCAAUACCAAUAAUGAGUUUCCAGAUGAAACAGAUGAUCCUCUUGGGGCAAUUGCACUUGGUAAAGAUCUCAAAACCCUUGGAAAAGAGGUGACAUUUAUUGCAGCUAAAAAGUCAGGAAAAAUUUCCACAGUCGGAAUCGGUGAUGGUGGUAAUGAGAUCGGAAUGGGAAAGGUCCACCAAAGGGUCGUCGAUGGCGUUACAAAUGGACGACACAUUGCUACUACGGUUACCACUGACCAUUUGAAUACCUCGGGUGUUUCAAGUUGGGGUGGGUCGGCAUUAGUGGUAGCUCUGGCCAUCUUAAAUCAGUGCCCAGUGCACUCACCGUACGUCAGACGAAGAAUUGCGCCUGAUACACCUGUUCUUACCGAAGAAGUCUUGAACACGGUGGAAAUGGAAGAAGACAUUCUGAAGUGUAUCGUUGGGCUCGGAGUAUGCGACGGUAUAUUAUAA